GCUGACUGCUUCAUGCCUUUCUCCAUCAGCACCUGGACGGUGUCUUCUGCCCCUUAGGUGAGUCCCACCACUCUGCCUGAGUUCCUGCCUUUGACUUCACUGCUGGCAUCCUCAGCCUUGGGCCAGUGUUUCCAUUUGCUCUUCUAUCUUUAGACUUCUUCCUAGCCAUCAAUUCCUAGCAACUGCCUGUGUGUCCUUCCCUGCUCCCCUGGGACAGGCCACAGGCUUCCUCCUUCCUUGCCUGGGUUCCUGAGGGCACAGAGCAGAUGGCAGGACCCCACUGCCCUUGGGGCAGCGGCUCACACCUGUUCCUUCUGCUGAUUAAAAACAGGCGCACAGGCACCACUGAUUGCAUCUCUUGUCACUGGUAAUUGUCAUCUGUUGGGCACAGGUGUGCCGGGGAGGAAGCCCAGGAAUAACUGCUCACAGUUCCAUUGUCAACACCUGUUGGUGGAGCAGGUACUGAUUGAACAGGGCCCGGGCCCCGCUUUGGCCGCCUGUCCCCCGUGUGGUCUGGUCUGCUGCCAACAUGCCCACCCAGCUGGAGAUGGCCAUGGACACCAUGAUUCGCAUCUUCCACCGCUACUCUUGCAAGGAAGGGGACCGAUUCAAGCUCAACAAGGGGGAACUGAAGCUGCUCCUGCAGGGAGAGCUCACCGAGUUCCUCUCGUGCCAAAAGGAUCCCCAGUUGGUUGAUAAGAUAAUGCAGGACCUGGAUGCCAAUAAGGACAACGAAGUGGAUUUUAAUGAAUUCGUGGUCAUGGUGGCAGCUCUGACGGUUGCUUGUAAUGAUUACUUUGUAGAACAAUUGAAGAAGAAAGGAAAGUAAAGAUAAGUAGUUAGCUAAGUGAAAGGCAAAAAUAUAUACAAAGUUAUUGACUUGCUGCUCAUACUCUUCAGAUCUAUAGACACAUUAAUAUCAUUUAUAGAUUUAAUAUACAUAUAAGUAAUUGCUAUUGCUGGUAUUAUUAAAUUAUGUGCACCUUAAUAUAUUGAUUUACAUAAACAUUCCAAAUCUUAUAUGUUCUGUGAAUUUAGCUAUAUUAUUAAAGAUACUGUAUGCAUUUAUUUCACAAAGAGAGAUCAUAAAAAUUUAGCUAUUUUCAAAUGAUACUGGAAUUUGGUGAAUUUUAAAGUUAUUCUCAUCCUUAAAUUGUUUCUGAACUUCUUACCCUGUUAAAAAAAAUAAACUAGAUCACUCUUGUGAUUCUGCUUCAAAUGGAAGAAGCUGUGAGGGUCUGUAAGCAGAAAGAGGAGGGAAGGUAUUUUAUGGAUAGAUUCAGGGCUGGGGCCUCUGUCUGAAAGAGCUGAAGCCAGCAAUCCUCGGGGGUUGGUGUGUAAAUACCCUCCCUAUCCCAUGGGCUGGAUCAUUCUGAGACAGGACUGUUCUUGCAUUUCCUAGUGCUUCCUCCUGGGGAAAGCUUCAGUGCACAGUGAGGACGCUCCAUUCUCUUCUUGGAUCAUUACAGCACCCCAACAUUUGUUCCUGCACCUCUGAAAUAAACAA